AUCGAUGCUCAUCCUCAUCCACCGUCAAAACAAUUUCUCGCCCACUAUACUUCUCCGCCGUUGGAUCACAUCAUAUCCGUGCUAUCACCGCUUGGAUUCAACGGCACACCAGGAAUUUCCAGAUCCUCUAGUAGCUGGAAGAAGCCUAGAAAUUUUCUAGUCCGCCACGUGUAUUUUUUGUCACGCGGGGCCCAACGCCACCAGGGAAUCUUGAAACUUAUAAAAUUCUACACACCAAGGACAGCCUCCAAAGCUCAACUUCAACAGCCAAUAACGUAGUUCCGCGUCGUCUCUCGCCGACUGGUUUUGCGUUCUCCGGUCGACGUCGUUUCAUGGUUCCAAACUAAGGAUUCCUAAUUUAAGCAUAUAAACAUGUGUGGACGAAAUUGGGUUUAGGGUUGGACUGUCACUGUCUACUCUACUCUGCUGGAAGCCGAACGAGCUCAGUUUCUAUUCGUGAGCAUGAACAUGUAGCAGAUAGAGAUGCUCUAAUCUGUUCAAUCCGAUGUUGAUUUUGAGGCGGAGGUCGAAAGUGCAGAAUUCUUCGGAUUUCUCUGAGGUUGAGAAAGACAGAGAGGAUGAUAAGAAGGAUAGAGGAAAGGAGAAACCAAAGCCAAAGCAAGACGGAGGAGAGAGGAGGAUAAAGAAAUGGACAUGCGUAGACAGCUGUUGCUGGUUCAUUGGUUGUAUAUGUUUGAUAUGGUGGUUUUUGCUUUUCUUGUACAAUGCAAUGCCUGCCUCUUUCCCUCAGUACGUAGCGGAGGCGAUCACGGGGCCGUUGCCCGACCCGCCUGGCGUGAAAUUGAAAAAGGAAGGGCUAACAGCCAAGCAUCCGGUGGUUUUCGUGCCUGGAAUUGUUACCGGCGGGCUGGAAUUGUGGGAGGGACACCAGUGUGCUGACGGAUUGUUUAGAAAGCGACUCUGGGGUGGCACAUUUGGGGAAGUGUACAAAGGCUUUGACUUCUAUAUGCUUUUUCUGGAUUUUGCAUAA